GUUAGAAACAUGCUAGAAGAAAAACAGUAGCUUCAAUAAAGAAAGGUUUGCUCAAUAAGUAAGCUGCACAGUGUGUAGAAGUACACGUUCAACCAUCCUCCUGGUUUUAUCGAUGAGACCACUCACUCAUUACCACUUCUGUUGACCUAGCCCUGUGUUGUUGUUGAAGAUGGAGCUCGGAGGAGCUAAUGCCAAUGACGACAUAGAUGCCAUGUUCAGCAAUCUCCUAGGAGAGAUGGAUCUGCUGACGCAGAGUUUAGGUGUGGAUACUAUCCCACCCUCAACUACAACGUCCAAUCAGGAUUCAGAGUUGAAACUCUCAAUUGGUUUUGCGGAUGUAAAUGAGUCUCUCAAUGCACUGGAAGACACCGACUUGGAUGCCUUAAUGGCAGACCUAAUGCAGGACAUCAGUCAGACAGAGCAAGUCUGCAAUGCAAGAGCCAUGACAGCUACAUCUCAAGCUACCCCAGCUUCAAAUUUUUGGAGUUCCAAUGCAAUGCCACAUUAUUCAGCGAUUCCCUCAGCGUCACAGAGAGGAUAUGCAGAGCAACCAAGCCUAGAUCUCCCACCACCUCCACCUGACAUGGUUCCACCACCCAGUUCAGCUUCUGUGUCACUUCCACCACCACCACCUCUGGAACCACCAGAACCAUUGACAGAGGAAGAACGAGAAGCCCGGGCAAAAGCUGACAAAAUCAAACUCGCUUUGGAAAAGCUGAAAGAAGCAAAGGUUAAAAAGCUGGUUGUUAAGGUCCUCAUGAAUGAUAGCAGCAGUAAAACACUGAUGGUCGAUGAAAGACAGACUGUGAGAGAAGUUCUGGACAAUUUAUUUGAGAAGUCUCACUGUGACUGCAAUGUGGAUUGGUGCCUGUAUGAAAAAAAUCCAGAACUACAGAUUGAGCGAUUUCUGGAAGAUCAUGAAAACUUGGUGGAGACCCUGUCACAUUGGACACGAGACAGUGAGAACACACUUCUAUUUGUUGAAAAAAAAGAAAAGUAUGCAGUCUUUAAAAAUCCUCAGAAUUUCUACAUUGCAAAGAAGAAAGCAGAAGGGAAGAAUAUGAAAGAGAAAAACAAAGAGGCAUUACUUGAGGAAUGUUUCUGCGGAACAUCAGUCAUUGUACCAGAGCUUGAAGGAGCCCUCUGUGUAAAAGAAGAUGGAAAGAAGUCAUGGAAACGUCGAUACUUUCUCCUGCGAGCUUCAGGAAUUUAUUAUGUUCCUAAAGGAAAAACUAAGACAUCUCGUGAUCUGGUUUGUUUCAUCCAGUUUGAGAAUGUCAAUAUUUACUAUGGAAUGAAUUACAAAGCGAAAUACAAAGCACCGACUGAUCACUGCUUUGUACUGAAGCACCCUCAGAUUCAGAAAGAGUCACAAUACAUCAAGUAUCUGUGCUGCGACGAUCCCUGGGCUCUACAACAGUGGAUAAUGGGGAUACGAAUAGGAAAGUACAGUAAAACAUUGUAUGACAAUUACAAAGUGGCAGUACAAAGGGCUGGUCUGGCCUCACGAUGGACAAAUUUUUCAAAUGCAGAACCUGUCAAUAGCACAAGCACCGUUCCAGCUACUCCUCAACCAAAUGGACAUCCAGGCCAACCCCAGAAAGCAUUGAACCCAGUCAGUCCAGCAUUUCCUGAAUCCUGGAAGAGUGCACAGGAGAAGACGACUUAUAAUAUUGAUAUCAACCUGCCACCGCCACCUCCUCAACUUGGAUAUCAGGAGUCCUCGCAGGCUGAAGAAGAGGAGCUACCACCUCCCCCUCCAUCCUUUGAACCUCCCCCUCCACUUUUUCAGCCUCCUCAAGAGCCAGCCAUACGAAAGCCAGGUCCUCCUGCAGUACCUACCCGUCACUUCCCUUCUACUACAUCUGCAGUACCGCCUCCUACUGCAAUCAAACGGAAAAAUUCAGGUGCAAAUAACCAACUAAAGUCAAAUGCACACAUUGCAGAGUUACCUCCUCCUCCUCCAGAUCCAGAGAACUUUCCAGAACCACCACCUGAUUUCCUGCCGCCUCCUCCUCCAUGUUUCAACAACAAUUCUGGAGGACCACCACCGCCACCUCCUCCUCCACCUCUUGCUUCUAAUCCAACUAUUAAUGCUGUGAAAAAGCCAGAAGUGCCAAAGAGGAGUGAGAAUCCAACAAUGACCUCCAGCAACAGACCUGGAGGAGGUGUUUCCUCAGACAAGCCAGACCUUAUGUCAGAUCUCAUGAAGGCUCUACAGAAGAAAAGAGCUGCAAUAAAUGAAUAAGCACAGGCAAUUUAGUCAAAGAUUUGUGUCCAUAGGUACUUUACAGUUUAUGUGACACUAAACCAUUUAUCAAAACAGCUCAAAUAGACUCAUACUGGCAAGUAGCCUGAUCUGCACCAGUAAAGAAGCAGCAUUUGAACACAGUUGUUCAGGCACCUACAGCUUUGGAAACAAGCAAUGUAUUAAAAGUGUUGCAUUAUCAAAGAAAAUAUCUAUGUUUAUACAGCCAACAUGUUAAUUUUCCAUAACUGUACAUAUUCAAUGUUUGUUAUUGUUUUACAAGUGUGUUGAUGUUAUUUGACAGUGAAUUUCACUUUCUUCUAAUAGCUAAUGUGAUGUGGCAUUAAUCUAGAGAGACCAGAAAAUCUGUACUGUUUUACAUGAAUUUGGGUAGAUCAAUGUCAAAGCUACUCUGUAUGAUCUCCAUAUUAGAGGGAAAUGAAACAUUAAAAGCUUCUACUUCUGGUUGCCUUCUCACUGUAAAAUAAGUAUGUGUAGAGAUACCUAAAAAUAAAGUAUCAAUCUGACAAAGCUUGCAUGCCAAACUGCAGAAAGAGCGAUUGAUAUGUAGAGCUAAGCAAUUCAACAACCAUCAGAUCAGAUCUAAGCUUUACAGACCACCACAGCCAGUGAUGAACGGUGGUGGACAAUUAAACAAUUAACAGAAGGGGGAGGCUCCAGAAAUAGUCGCAAAGGUGAGGGAGUUGAGCACAUCAGUGUUACAGAUAAUGCUGAAACACUCACAAUAAUCUUCAGCCAGAAGUGCUGAGUGGAUGAUCCAUCUCAGCCUCUUCCAAAGGUCUCCAUAAAUGAUGCCCAGGUCACAUGAUGAAUAAGAAGAAAAUGCAGAAUUAUAAUUCCUCUACAAUGCCCCAUGUGGUUAAACAGCUCAUGCCUCAUCUAGACUCACACAAAGAAUGACUAUUCAGGCUAAUUAUCAAAAGGGUUUCUUGCAUGUUUGGUACUAUCCUCUUUUUUAUGUUCAGUUUAGUUGAAAAAAUUGAAUAACUUAAUUAAAACUACCACAAAACAUUAAUUUA